AGUAACCAUGUGUCUGGAACUGUCCAUUGUGAGCUGGGUUCUGUCAAGCCCAGCAUUCCAAAAUAAGAUCCAGGUUGUGCAUCUGGGAUCAAAGCAGAGCAAGACCCGGAGAUGUGAAGUAGCUGCAGGAGCAGAUCAAUUUAGACAGAAUGGUUGAUCAGCUCCAGGGAAAAUGGAAAUCCAUUUCUUGUGAAAAUUUUGAAGAAUAUAUGAAAGAGCUGGGGAUAGGAAGAGCCAGCAGGAAACUUGCCUGUCUGGCAAAACCCACUGUGACCAUCAGUACUCAGGAAGAUUGGAUCACUAUAAAAACCAAAAGCAUCUUUAAAAAUAAUAAGAUCUCCUUUAAACUGGGGGAAGAGUUUGAGGAAACCACACCAGGUGGCCAUAAAACCAAGAGUGUGGUAACCUUAGAUAAUGACUCUUUGAUUCAAGUUCAGGAUUGGGAUGGCAAAGAGAACACCAUAAGGAGAAAGUUGGUGGAUGGAAAAAUGGUGGUGGAAAGUGCUGUGAACAAUGUUACCUGUACUCGGACGUAUGAGAGGGUACCAACAAACCCAGUCUCAAACCCUUAAGCACUCCCAAACUGUGAUCCAAAAUGCUGAGGUCGUUUAAAUAAAACUCCAAAGUAAAAUGUUACAACUGUUAA